UGCAAUGUCUAUCAAGUUAUGGUCGACGAUAUGAAGGUUGUUGUCAAUCAGCGCCUGACUGGGGUGAUAAUGAAGACAGACAUCCACUGGGUGCUCACAGUGCCAGCAAUAUGUUCUGAUCUUGCAAAACAGUUUAUGAGACAGGCUGCAGUAAAGGCUGGUAUAACUACAGAAAGCCUGACAAUAGUCCUUGAACCGGAAGCUGCCUCGUUAUACUGUCAACAUCUUCCUGUAAAUACCACAGUUACUGAUGGUAGUUUGACGAAAUCCCAAUUCCCACCUGGCUCAAAGUACAUGGUUCUCGAUGCUGGAGGGGGAACGAUUGAUAUCACGGUCCAUGAAGUUCAAAGUCAAAACACUUUAAGAGAAGUUAGAGCAGCCAAUGGAGGUGACUGGGGAGGAACCAUGGUAGAUAAAGCGUUUGAAAACUUUCUCAUUGACCUAGUUGGAGAGACUGUGUUUGAUACAUUUAAACAUUCGGAAACGGAAGACUGGCUUCAUCUUAGUCGAGCCUUUGAAUUAAAAAAACAAGCAGCUGGAGCACAGUCGGAGGGAAACGUAACUAUGCAUUUCCCAGUGUCGCUUAAUGAUUUAUUUGAAACGGAAAAUGAGAGCAAAUUGUGUAUCAAAGAUGCGAUAGUAGCUUCAAAAUAUGGUAAAACGGUAGAGCUAAAAAGGGACAAGUUGAAAAUAUCGCAUUCUACUAUAGGAAAGUUAUUUGAAGAGUCAUUAGAGCAAAUAGUUCAGCACCUACAAAAAUUAAUGAAAGAUGAAAGAAUGGCAGACAUCAAAACCUUACUCAUGGUGGGUGGAUACUCGGAGUCUCUGUUGUUGCAACGUGCAAUCAAAUCAGCAUUUCCCGGAAUCCAUGAAGUGAUUCCGCAAGAGGCGUCAUCUGCUGUGUUAAGGGGAGCCUUGAUUUUUGGCCACAAUCCCAUUGCAGUAACCGAGAGGGUACUAAAAUAUACAUAUGGUAUAGCUAUAUACCAGCCAUUUGAAGAUGGAAAACAUCCAGAGAGCAAGCGCAUGAAAACUGAUAAAGGUGACUGCUGUCGCGACGUUUUCGGCAAUCUGAUAAAAAAGGGGUUGAGCGUGACGCCAGGUGAAACACAAGUAAGAAAGCAGUAUACGACUGGUAACAAGAAACAAACUGGCUUGUGUUUUGAUAUUUUCAUUUCUGAAGAAAAAACUCCUACAUAUGUAGAUGACAAAAGUUGUACCAAAAUAGGAACAAUAGAAAUAGGAUUUGAAGAACUAGACGACAUACCUGGACGUAUUGUCAAUCUAACAAUGCUUCUUGGUGGUACAGAAAUCAUUGUAGAAUUAGAAGAUGAAAAGACUGGAAACAAAGUGAUAAAUACAGCGGAGUUUUGGGGCUGAUUGACAAUCAGUGACAAUUUGCAUAAAACUCAUAAUACUUUUAAUGACACGUAGUUGUCAAUAUGAUCAUAUAACAAUGUUAAGAUUUAUUCUAGUAUAUGUACACUUGUACAUUAUUGAUAUUUCAAAUUUAUUGAUUCACCCAUUUUUCAGCUCGUAUUAGAAAGUGAUUAUAAGCUAUUAAUUCAAACAUCUAUCUGAAUAGCUUUCAUGCUUCAUACAUAUACUGGUAUAAAUUAUAAAUCGUUGCAUGGAUAAUCUCGACCACUUAACUUAGGAUACAUUUGAGUAUUAGUAUUUGCCAAUUUUCCCAUGAAACUGUACCUAAAUUAUUUUUUACUACAACUUUAUUGUAAAACUUAGAUAGUAAGAAGUUGUAACUAAAAGUAACGAAAUAUGACAUUUUUGAUUUAAAUGUCUGAAUUUUGUAAGAAUGUGUAACAAGGAGAGAGAGAGAGAGAGAGAGAGAGAGAGAGAGUUUUGAAAUUUUAGUAAAAUGUGAUGAUUAGAGGACUUUGAUAAUUUGAAUGGAACAGCAACAUUAUUAAUUAAUAUUAAUAAGAACGAUAAUCAAAACAAUGUUUCAUAUACAUGUAAUCAUAGAUUAAGGACUGAAUUACAUUGUAUGUAUAGUCCUUAUAUUAAUUUGCAUUGAUAUUUUAGCUUUUUUAAUUUUAUUUUAGCAAAUUGUAUCAAUUCUGUCGGCUUCAAGAGGAUGAUAACAAGAUAACACCAACCAUAUAUUAGACAUAUAAUAAACGUGCUUGUUCAAGAUUAUUUCUGGAAAAAGCUUAUGUAAAAAUAACAUCCAUAGAUAGUUUAAUUAGAAUAUGAAAUGAUAAAAUUAUUAUGCCAAAUACGAGACAGAAGUUGAGAAAAUAUUUAAAUGCGAAAAUCUGAAUAAAUACUUGGAAAUA